CCGAAAGCAUUUCAAUCGGUGAUUAAAUUGGUGUCGCGGUCCAAUGACUUUCCGAAGUCAGGGCCAUCGUUUACAGUGGUCCGUGGUGGCGCAGUCGCAGCGUCUGCUAAUUAGUCGGGCAGGCAAAAAACAAAGCCAUGGCUCCGAAGCUGUAAGAUUCGAGGCGGUAAACGUUGCCAAGAGCUCGAACAGGCAACACAAGAGGCUACAACAUGAACCUGUUAAGGAAUAUUAUACAGCUCCUGUUCACUCUGGAGGCUGCGAGUGCUUUGGAGGCCAAUCUCACUUCGUGGCGACAUCACAGGCGGCAAAAGCGUUUCCUGAUUUAUCAGAAUGGCGGUGUUAUCAAGUUUGUUUCCGGUUGUGCAUUUCCGGUUCCGUUUAUGGAGAAAAAAGCGUGGCGCCAGUUGGUUUGGCUCAUGAACUUCCACUAUCAGUUCAAUGAACCGCAAACUCCAAUCUACUGGUGGAAGCUUUGGGAUGGUUCCCGAAAUCUCAAGGGACCCUUGACCCAACCAGCUCCUCCAACGGUUCCAGCGCGCCUGCUGGUGGAUGAACCUCAGCUGUUGCUCUUCAAGUUCGCCGAGGGCUAUAUGAAUCAGUUGGGCCAAAAUGGUAGUGCCUGUCUGGAACGUUUAAUCUGCGAAAAUGGUCAGGUGGAUGAGCAUAGUGGACUCUACCCCCAACUGCUACACAGGCUGUUAAGGCCUCAUCGAACGCUGGACGGGAGGUACUUGGAUGCCUUCAGGAUGGGUCGCCAUGGCGUUGACUGUCGAAAAGCCUUUCCAGAGGCCCUGCACUGCGUCUUGGACGACUACAUACACCUUCAUGAGCGAGGACCGAAACAGAGUUUUCUUUAGCCAUAGAACUCGAUUUCUCUUUGGACAAAUGGCGCUGGCUGUCAGUAGUUCGAUUACAUUUACAUGACAUGUACAAAACUAAUUAAUGAUAAUUAAAUGUAACUAAAUAAUUAUAUACAGCG